AGUUUCGUGAAGUUUAGCACUGACUCAAAAAUGACCACAGAAACCCUCUCUCCUAACCUCCAGUCAGGGCAUGGAAUGACUUUGAGAAUGUGCAGAUAAUCUCAACAACCAUGAAUUCUACUAGAGAAGAAAUUUGUGCUGCUGCAGUAAGAAUUUAUGCUCGGAUGUCAUUUAUUCAUCUAUCCCUCAUAUUUCGACUAAUUUCGACACCGUUAUGUUGUCUCGGAAUCACACUUCUCACCAUUGCGGUCUAUCGAACAAAGGCUCUCCAUUACAAUGCUCGACUGCUCAUUCUAUGCAUGACAGUUUCAUCGUUGGUCUGCAAUUUAGUGUAUUUCUUGAUAGCGCGUACAAGCUCUACAUAUCUUCGCUUCCUGCAGAUGCGAUUCGUUGUGAAUAUGAAGUUUAUAGGCCACAGUACUAUUUCGCUCUGCGAGGUCUUAACGUAGCAGGUGGAGUUAGUUUUGGGCUAUCGACGACAUUUCUUGCCGUGGAGCGAGUGCUGGCUACAGUAUCCUAUGCAACUUAUGAACAGAAUAAUCGACGAUGGCUCGGAAUCUUGAUGGCAUCCAUACAAGUCUUGAUCAGCUUCUGUGCUGGAUUUUCUAUUCAUCCUCCAGCUCAGUUCUAUCCCUAUGUGUCUCCUGAAGUAGGCGAUUCGAAAAUGACAAAAAUGUUUGGAAACAUGUUUUACCUGCUGAACGUAAUAGCGCUGUGCGCGUUCACGGUUCUGUACUUUGUAAACAGGAGAAGAAGGAGAAUUCUCUGCGAUUCUCAACUCAGAGUGCUGUCAACCAGAUUUCAACUGAAAGAAAAUAUUGCAACGACACGUCUAAUGACACCUAUUAUGUUUGUUGAAGCGCUCAUGUUGACUUCAUCUCAACUGCUCUACUACAUCUACUUACCCGAUCUAGGAGAAGACACGGUCGUUACGAAAACGGUUUUGGAGCAAGUGUCUCAAUAUGCUCCUUACGCAGAGUAUCAAAUCUCAUUAAUGCCAUUUUUGGGUUUUUUGCUGAUCGUACUUCUUCCGUGCUUCCACACACAAAUCAAGCGUUCCUUCAUCCGAACCUCGCAUUUGGGACAAGGAGAUGUGAUACUAAUUAGUAAAGGAAAGGAUUCGAGUCGCGUUUCAUUGGAAAAAGAUGUACUCGGCGAAUUCCCUGCAGAUUGGCUUCAUAGUUCCUCGUUACGCUCAUCCAAAGAAAAUGAGGAAACAGUGAAAAUUUGCUUAAGGUGA